GGCACCGAUACGAAGAUCAACUCACGCAUUGAAAUUCAGUUGGUGUUAUUAUGUUCUACAGGUUCUGACAUGCUGCACUCCUUUGGUUUGCUAAUGGUCGUCAAUCCUGAAACGGAGAAAGGGAUAUUUGAUACUAUACUGCAAGGACAUAUUGAUUGUGAAAGUAAGCCGUGGCCAUCAAUCUCAAACGGUGCCAAGGACCUAGUGAAGAAGAUGUUGACACCGAAUCCUAAAAAAAGAGUAACUGCUGCUCAAGUUCUUGAUCAUCCAUGGCUCAAGGAUGGUGAAGCCUCUGACAAGCCAAUACAAUUUUCCCUGUGAACAUGUUGUCUGUUCUUCAUUGGCCAUAGCCUAUAGAUGUUGCUACAGUUGUUUGUAUCGUACUUUGUUGGUUCUACAGAUAGUUGUGUUCUGCUAUAAAUCUCUACAAGCCUCAAAUUCCGUUCUUCUCCGUUUAUGCUCAGUUAGCCAGGAGUCAAGAUGCAAUAGAGAUUGUAAGCCAAAGCUGCAGGGAAGUAGGGAAUUCGUAGUAGCAGUUGAAGACCUUAUCUGUUAUAAUUGGUUGUUUGAGCUCCUUUUAGGAACUUUUUAUCAUAAUUGACUAUGGUUAACUUUUCUAAGGGUUGUCUUACCUUUAUGGCUUUCAAAGUGUUGUUUUCCAGGUGUUUGUUUGUUUUAGCUUGUACAAACGCUAUUUCCUUUGGGUUAC